UCCGCUCCCCCUUCUUCUCCCAAAAAAAAUAUAUAUAUCAUCAAUUCUUUAGUUCCAUUUUGAGAAAUUUUAGAACACAAUUUUUGUUACAACUCUAACAUCGUCGAUUAUAAGUGAUAGAAAAAAAAGUGUAUUAGUUCUUUGUGAAAAUGAUUGUCUAUUACUUAUAAUAGACCACUACACCAAGCUGUGGUAAAUAGUGUAAUAUUAGAAGAAACGUGACUUCCAAAAUCCCUCCUUUUAUCUCGAGUACUGUUCAGACUUCAAAGAGCCAAAUACUCCUUUGAGUAAAUUGAACACGGUUCCUAGAAGGCUAGAACUGAUUCCGCAUAUGUCAAGGCCUGGCUGAAGGAGACGAAUUUUACCAGGCUAUGUAGCACCAAGAGCAUGCUGACUGUAAAUGGUCAAUUCCCAGGGCCAGUCCUUCGUGUUCAAAAAGGUGACACAGCAUUUGUCACCGUUCAAAAUAACGGAAAGUAUGGCGUGACUAUUCACUGGCACGGAGUGAAGCAGCCAAGAAAUCCAUGGUCAGAUGGUCCUGAAAAUAUUACCCAAUGUCCAAUUAAACCAGGAAAAAAAUUCACUUAUGAGGUUGUAUUUUCUGAUGAAGAAGGAACGCUUUGGUGGCAUGCCCAUAGUGAUUGGUCACGUGCAACAGUUCAUGGCGCAAUUGUUAUCUCUCCAAAAAAUGGAACCUCUUAUCCAUUUCCAAAGCCCUAUGCUGAAGAAGUAAUUAUAUUGGCGGAAUGGUUUAAGGGAGAUGUGAAGGAAAUAAUCGAUGAAGCUACAGCAACCGGUGGAGAUCCAGAGGUAUCAGAUGCCUACACUCUUAAUGGCCAACCAGGAUAUCCAAACAAUUGCUCUAUUGCAACAACAUAUCGUCUACGAGUUAUUCAAGGAAAGACCUAUCUUCUCCGCCUCAUCAACGCCGGCAUGAAUGAAGAAAUGUUCUUCGCCAUUGCACAUCACAAGCUCACAGUUGUUGCACAAGAUGCUUCAUACUUAAAACCCAUAAACACUAGCUACGUCAUGAUAACUCCAGGACAAACAAUGGACAUUUUGGUCACAGCAAACCAGUCUCCAAGCCAUUAUUACAUGGCUGCUCGUCCUUUCUUUGACUCUAAUGCUCCAUACGACGAGACCAACACUACAGCAAUUUUUCAGUACGUAGGCAAUUAUACUCCUCCAUCCUCUCCUUCCUUUCCAACCCUUCCUAAUAUUACUGCCAAGUCUGCUGCUGACAACUUCACAACUCGCUUAAGAGCUUUGGCGAGCAAAGAUCACCCAAUUAGUGUCCCAACUGGAGUUGAUGAACGGAUAUUUAUCACAGUUUCUGUAAAUCAAUUAACUUGUGAUAAAGCUUCGUGUGGGGGUCCAAAUAAUUCCACUUUAGCAGCUAGCUUAAACAACAUAAGCUUUUCGACCCCAAAAAUUGAUAUACUGCAAGCAUACUACAGGAAUCUGUCCAACGUUUAUGAAAGUAGUUUCCCAAAUCUGCCACCUUCUCUUUUUAACUUCACGGGAGAUUCAAACGGUGGCUUACUACUCCCAAGCAUAGGAACAAAGGCAAAGAUCAUAGAGUAUGGUAAAAGGGUGGAGAUAGUGUUCCAAGGAACUAGUAUUGGGAAUCCAGAGAAUCAUCCUAUGCAUUUGCAUGGUUUUAGCUUCUAUUUGCUUGGGACAGGUUAUGGGAACUUCAACAAAACCACUUCCCCCAAGACUUAUAACUUGAUUGAUCCACCAGAAGUCAAUACCUUUGGAGUUCCUAAGAGUGGAUGGGCUACUAUUAGAUUUGUUGCUAAUAAUCCCGGAGUAUGGUUUAUGCAUUGUCAUUUGGAAAGGCAUGCAAGCUGGGGUAUGAACACUGUCAUCAUAGUGAAGAAUGGGACCACCAGCGCAACAAGCAUUCGGCCACCCCCGGCUAAUUUGCCUACUUGUUCCUAAUGCGGGAAAAUUUACUGUUUUAAUGUCAAAGGACUUAAACAGUAGAACCUGAUUUCAAUGAAGUCUUUGAAGAAUUAUAGUAAAUAAAAUUAUGCAAUGUUAGGAUAUGUGCC